CAGCAAUACCUAGGAUCACACUUGUCUCAAAAAAAAAAACUUGGAUCGCACAAAUUCACCGGAGAUGGCGGCCGCCGUCGGGGACGACCUCCUCCUCGACCGCCUCAGCGAUCUCCCGGCCAUCAUCCUGGUGACCAUCCUCUCCCGCCUCGACAUGGACGAAGCGGCGAGGUGUUCAAUCCUCAGCUCUCGCUGGCGCCGCCUCUUCCCAUCCACCCUCCUCGAUUUCAAGGCCGGCAGUAUUCGCCGCGACAGGGCCGUCGAGGCCGUCACCUCCAUCCUCGCCGCCCACCCCACCGAGCCCGUGCGCUCAUUCAGCACGUACAGGCUCUCCUUCCGCCGCCAGGACGAGGACGCCGUCGACGGCUGGCUCCGGGAUCUGGCCAACCGCGGCAUCGAAAAACUCGUUCUCUACUUCAACGAGAAGCGGCAGCAGAAGGUCCCGGAAUCCCUCUUCGCCUGCGCAUCCCUGAAGCGCCUCAAGGUGAUUAACGGCACCUUCCCUGACGCCACCGAGGCCGCCGCAUCCCUCGCCGUCCUCGCCAAGAUCGACCUGUCCGACGUCAAGAUCUCCGAGGACUCGCUGAACUCCCUGCUCUCGAACUGCAGGGCGCUGGAGCGCCUGAAGAUCACUUCCAUCAGCAAGUGCGACCGCCUCCAUAUUCGAUCUCGGAGCCUCAAGGUCCUGAACACCAGUGGCGACUUCAAGGAGCUCUUCAUUGACGACGCUCCCGACCUGGAGCAGGUGCUCGGCUACUACCUGAACAGCAGAUCGGUCAUAAUCAAGAUCGCGCACGCUCCAAAGCUGGAGUUCUUAGGCUACAUCGGCAUGAACAACGAUAUUGAGUUUGGAAACACCAAGUUCACCAAGUUCAGGGAAAAGAACAUUCAUGCUGAGACCAUUAUGCCAAGCCUCAAGACUCUAGCCGUCGACCUGAUGCACACGCCGGACGGGCACAUCAACGAACAUUACAUCAACUGGGUUAUGCAGCUGCUCAAGGUGUUCCCUUGCUUGGAGACGAUCUACAUCAAGUCAGACUCUUGGUCCGAGGCUCGAGACGGCUCCCCGGGGUCAUGGGACGUCCUGUCAUCCGUUCCUUGCAUGGACAACCACCUCGAGAAGGUGGUGUUCGAAGUUUACCGAGGGCAGGAGUGGCAGAGGGACAUGGCCAAGUUCCUUCAUGGGAGGAGCAGGUUCCUCAAGACCAUGGAGUUCCACUGCAUGGACGAUACUUCAAGAGAGGAUUAUGGCAGGGCUCCUACUGAAGAAUGGGUGAGGAAGCAGCAGGAGCUCUUGUGCCUCGACAGCCGGGCCGCGAGAGAUGCUCGUUUCCUCUUCUUCAAGAGUCAGCUGGUGGUCAACCAUCAUGAGUUCAGUCAUAACGAGUCGUACCAGAGGGGUUAUUAUCGUGACAUGUAUAACCUUUAAUAAAGGAGUCUGUUAUCUGCAUAGAGUUGGCACACUUAAGUUACAUUCUUUAUUGUGGUUUUCUUAUAGCGACUUUAUUGUGAAAAUUGAGAAUUCAA